AUGGCAUCUGGAGAGUGCCUUCUGCUAGACCUGGACACAGAUAACUUCAUCCUCUACAACAUCUCUGCCAACCAGAGUGCAAACCUCUCCCUGCUGGGCAGUGACUGGUUCUACCCAGCCUUCCUCUACGCCAUCCCCACCAUCUAUGGGCUCAUCAUUUUGAUAGGCCUCGUUGGCAACAUCACUUUGAUUAAGAUCUUCUGCACUGUGAAGUCCAUGAGAAACAUUCCCAACCUCUUCAUCUCCAGUCUGGCUCUGGGAGACCUGCUGCUCUUGGUGACUUGUGUGCCUGUGGAUGCCAGCAGGUACCUUGCUGAUGAGUGGCUGUUUGGCAGAACUGGCUGCAAGCUUAUCCCUUUCAUACAGCUGACCUCUGUAGGGGUGUCAGUCUUCACCCUCACUGCUCUCUCAGCUGACAGGUACAAAGCCAUAGUGAGGCCUAUGGAGAUCCAAGCAUCCCACGCCCUGAUGAAGAUCUGUGUGCGAGCUGCUGUGAUCUGGGUUGUGUCCAUGAUGCUUGCCAUCCCUGAAGCAGUGUUCUCAGACCUGCACCCUUUCCAUGACAGAGGCACCAAUAAAACCUUCGUCAGCUGUGCUCCCUACCCCCACUCGGAUGGGCUGCACCCCAAAAUCCACUCCAUGGCCUCCUUCCUCAUUUUCUAUGUCAUUCCCCUCUCUGUCAUCUCAGUCUAUUACUAUUUCAUUGCUAAGAACCUGAUCCGGAGCGCUUACAACAUCCCUGUGGAAGGAAACAUGCAUGUGAGGAAACAGAUCGAGUCCCGCAAGCGCCUGGCCAGGACGGUGCUGGUCUUCGUCUGCCUCUUUGCCUUCUGCUGGCUCCCCACUCACAUCAUCUACUUGUACCGCUCCUACCACUACUCCGAGGUGGACACCUCGGUGCUGCACUUCGUCUCCAGCAUCUGUGCUCGCGUCCUGGCCUUCACUAACUCUUGUGUCAACCCUUUCGCCCUCUACCUGCUGAGCAAGAGCUUCCGGAAGCAGUUCAACAGGCAGCUGCUGUGCUGCAGGGCUGGCCUCAGCCGCUCCCACAGCAUGGCUCGCAGCACCACCCGCAUCUCCUCCCUCAAGAGCACCAACCACUCCCUGGCCACCUUCAGCCUCAUCAACGGCAACCCCCUAUGCCAGGAGGGCUACGUCUGA